CGACGGAAGGUCUUGUUUAAGCGGCCCGCGUCUUGAUUACUCUGGCGUGGGUCUCUCGCGGUGUUAAACAUCGUCAAGCAUGACGUACCGUGUGUUGUAGGUCGCGACGACAUGCUUGGUUCCCCUUCGAGUGGCCGAAGGCAAAGCGUGAUCGCAGAAGAGGCUGGAGACGACGACAUUCCUGGUCGAAAGCCUAGCGUUUCCGUCCAACCCAGACAGAAACUAGGCGCCACGACGUUAUCUCGUCCGCAGGAUGCUUCGACCAUCUCGCUCAUGAGGCAUGGUACCAACAAUUCUCUUCGCCGUCAGACAACGAUGAACAACGAAGCCAGCGACAACGUUCUCGACGACCAAAGCAUGGCCGUGCUCCAGCGAGACGCCACUUUCCGGUACCAAAAAGCUCAAAUUCGAAUUCUCCAAGAUGAACUGGCGUCGUUGUCGGAGACACGCACGAAACUCCAAGCCAAACACGACGCCACGGCCGACGAGGUCGAGCGUAUGCGACUGGAUCACGCCGCCUUGACCGAACAAGUUGAGCAAAUGCAAGCCCUACUCGACAAGAAUAAAAGCCUCCAGGGCAUUCAAGAGGCCAAGCAACGCAUGCUUGAGACCGACAUUGCGUCGGCAAAAGCGCAAGUGGCAAACACGCGAAAAAAUGAAAAGCACUUGGUUCGGACAGCUAAAGUGGCCGAGGUGCGGUUGAACGAAGGCACGGAGGAACUGCGAGCGUUGAAGAAGGAGCUUGAGGAUGAAAAGACCAACCAAGGAGGCUUGGCGGUGCCAAGACACGAACAUGAACGGCUUCUCAACGAGCACCAGCGACUGGAGAAGCAUAAGGCUGAGUUGAUUGCAGCGUUCAAACAACAGAUCCACUUGAUCGAUGUAUUGAAGCGGCAAAAGAUUCAUUUGGAGGUGAGCAAAUGUACCGAUUUCUCGACUGACUAGAGAUCGAAUAGUCGGCCAAAAUGCUGUCGUUCAUCGAGGACGAGUUCAGCGCAACUCUGGAACUGGGGAUGUAGCCACUCUAUGCGGCUGCUAGAAGUAGUCUGCGUUCAUGAUCGCGUCGAGUACGAAUUGGCCGAGAAACCCAAAUCCAUUCGUGUGCAGCGCCUCGAGUUCGACUUUGAACGGGUCCGACAGCCACAACUCGAUUUCCACUUGGUAAUUUGGGUGCAUCUAUGGACCACAGCAGCAAUGGCGUGGUUGGCCUCAAAAACCAUACGAAUCUAAAGUCGUACUUGAAUGAAUGGAUGGAGCAACAACGACUUCGUUCGAAGCUUGUCCUGCUUGGUGCAUUUCUUCUUGACCACGUUCGGUAACGCGAGCGCUUCGACUUGGGAUGGCCUCAAUCCAAUCCAUUGAAUGUCCACGGCUACGCCAUGUCA